GCUUCCUUUCAGUUGAGUUUGUGGAUGUAACUUUUGUUCACUUGCAGUUGAUUCUCUAAGGUCCUGGAUUUUGGUUCUCCUUGCUGAUGGUCCCAUUUUACUCUGUUCCUUGACUGUCCGAUCUGUUGUUGAGCUGAAUAUUGGUUGAACUGGUUUGGACUUAGCAGCUCGCACCAAGUGAAAUUGUGAGGAUGUCCGGCUGUGCCAGGCGCUGCAAACAUGGGUUAGUGAAGUUUGCUCUGUCUGUGAGCAAACUGGUGACGGGAACUCUCAUUAAAGAUAAGGUGGAUGAUGAUCUGGAGCUGUCUGUGGUGUGUCACCGUCCCGAGGGUUUGGAGAAGCUGGAGGCUCAGACAAACUUCAGCAAGAAAGAGCUGCAAGUGCUCUACAGAGGCUUUAAAAACGAGUGUCCCAGCGGUGUGGUCAACGAGGAGACGUUCAAACAGAUCUACUCGCAGUUCUUUCCUCACGGCGACGCCAGCACAUACGCGCAUUACCUGUUCAACGCCUUCGACUCUUCCCACAAUGGAUCCAUCAAAUUCGAGGACUUUGUAAUGGCUCUGUCCAUCUUGUUGAGAGGAACAACAACAGAGAAGUUACAGUGGACCUUCAACCUGUACGACAUUAACAGAGACGGUUACAUUAAUAAAGAGGAGAUGACUGAUAUAGUGAAAGCCAUAUAUGACAUGAUGGGCCGCUUCACGUAUCCCGCUCUGAGGACAGACACUCCCAAACAGCAUGUGGAUGCUUUCUUUCAGAAAAUGGACAAGAACAGAGAUGGAGUCGUCACUCUUGAUGAGUUUAUUUUGUCCUGUCAAGAGGAUGAAAACAUCAUGAGAUCACUGCAGCUCUUUGAGAACGUGAUAUAGAGCUACAGGAAGAAAGAAACCAAUGAACUGUUGAAUCUGAUCAAAAAAAGGGGGAAUAACUUUUACCCCAAUCACCAUGGUUACAGUUUGACAUCACCUUGUUACCAUGGCAAUAUGCCGACUGUUUGAUUUACAUCCCGGGAAACCUGCGUGUCCUUUAAACCCCGGUGUUUGACCUCGUUCUGUUACAGAUGUGAGAUUUAUAUGUCUAUAACCAAAAAAGGUCCUAGUUAAAAGAGCAUGUCAGUAAUUGUGUGUCAAAGGCCCAGCGGGUUUCCAAGAGGUCCUGUAGAAGCCAGUUGAACUCUUUCCAUGGGACUGAAUUUACUGUGAGGGAUUUGACGUGAUGCAUUUAAAGCUAUUUAUGGUGGAUUGUGGGUAAAUUUUUCCAGAACAACAUCCGAUAUACUCCACCUGUGAUAGUUCUCCAGCUAAUGUGCUACAGAUAUUCAUCCUAAGACCAUUUUUCUGUGUCUGUCAUUUAGGUAGAAAUGCUAAUCCAGUAAUAUAACCAGUGGUUUUCUCAUGAGCCGACCCAUCAGCAGUCAUUUAACCGGCUUUGCAGAAGUUGCUUGUCUGCUGUGUUUGUUUUUGACAGUAUUUGUCUUGUGCUCGUGCAUCUCGUCAUCCUGACCACUGCUUGCUGUUCGUGUCCAUUAUUAGUGAGAGUCUGUAUUCAUCACUCGUCUCUUGUUGGCUUGUGAUCGCUCUUAGCUCCGCCUACUCGAAUAUCUGCUUUCUGAUUGGUCUGUUUGUCUGUCAGUCAGUGUCAUCAGGAGAAGAUCUGAUAUUUCACCCCAGUAUCCUCUAAAUGUGGUUCUCAUUAAUGAAAUAGAGUGAUUUUAUUUAAAUAUGCAUAAAUUAAAGGCAGCAAAUGUCUUAUUUCUAAUGAUUUUGGGGUGAAAUGUGACACAUUGGCUUCUGUGCAGAUGGCAGGUGCCGUAGCAAACUUUAGCAGUCACUAUAUUUGUCUUUGUUUGUGUUUAAGUAAUAUAAAACCACUUUUUGUUUUAUUGCGUUAAAGCUGUGAAUUGCCAAAACUUAGUACUGUUUUAUGCAGCCAUAAUGCCACCUUACUGUGAUAUAAUUCAAGAGAGCAAAAAUAAAAUAAAAAUGAAAUUAAUUAAA